AUGACACCCCCCUACCACCACAUCAUCCAACUUCCCACCACCCCCCAGGUAAAUCCAUCCAGCAUCAACCCCAUCACCAUCGCCCAGAAUUGGCUCGCCAUUCUGAACACCCACCUAAUCGACAACACCUCCAUCACUCUCUCAAACCUCUUCCAUGAAGACAGCUGGUGGCGCGACAUGCUCGCCCUGGACUGGGAUUUCCACACGAUCCGAGGCUGUCCCAACAUCCAAAGCUACCUCGACCAGCGCCUUCCCCGUGCACAACUGCAGAAUGCGCGUUUGUACAGCGAUGGGGCCACAAGUCCCGCAAUUGACAGCCCAAUCCUCGGACUUACAUGGAUCACGGCGAUGUUUGCCUUCGAGACCCGAUUCGGCCACGGACGCGGGGUGUUCUACCUGACCCCGACCGAGCAGGGAGGGUGGAAGGCAUAUUCCGUAUAUACUGCGUUGCAGGAGCUGCAUGAAGCGGAAGAGAAAUUAGGGCUGCGACGGCCACAUGGGACCAUUGAGUCUAUGCCGGGUGGAGUUGCGCAAGGAAACUGGCUGGAGCGAAGGCAGCGCGAGAAGGAGUUUGUGGACAUCGAUCCCGCAGUGUUGGUAGUGGGUGCAGGCCAAGCAGGACUCAAUCUAGCGGUGCGCUUGCGGACUCUCGGACAAUCGUGUCUCAUUGUAGAGAAGAACGAGCGCGUGGGAGAUAACUGGAGAAAGCGAUAUCGGACCCUCAUUACCCAUGACCAUAUAGAAACCUGCCAUCUCGCCCACUUACCGUUUCCCAAGACCUGGCCCAAAUAUCUUCCCAAAGAUAAGCUGGCAGACUGGCUGGAAUCAUACUCCACUAUCAUGGAGCUAAAUGUCUGGACAAAGACUGACGUCAAGUCGGCGGAGUAUGAUCAGACCGCGGGGCAUUGGACCGUCUGCCUCGUUCGAGACGGAGUCGAACGUGUUGUACGCCCACGACACAUCGCUUGGUGCGCAGGACACUUGGGCCUACCCAAGGUCCCCAGCUUCCCAGGGCAGGCGGACUUCAAAGGGACGAUCUACCAUGCGAGUCAGCAUGCUGACGCCAGGGCAUUGGCCCCGCAAGGCAAAAAGGUGGUGGUAGUGGGGACCGGGAAUAGUGGCCACGACAUUGCGCAAGACUUCUACCAACAGGGAGCAGUCGUGACGAUGCUGCAGCGGGGUCCGACGUAUGUCCUGACCGAAAAGCACGGAUUGCCUUUAAUCCCGGAGAACCAUGGCAUCGACGAUGACAAUCGCCCUCCCCUCAACACGCAAGACAUCCUGUCCGAAAGCCUGCCUUGGCCCAUCACUCUUGCUCUCUGCGUCGACCUUACCAAGCGCAUUUGCGCCGCUGAUUCUGCCGUUCUCGAGGGCCUCCGAUCCAUCGAUUUCCAACUGGAUUUUGGCCUCGACGGCGCCGGACUGCUACGCUCGCUGGUCUCCCGAGGCGGGGGCUACUACAUCGACUUCGGCUGCAGUCAGCUACUGAUCGACCGCAAGAUCCGUUUGCAUUCGUGUGCGGGCGGUAUUGACUCUUUCGACCAAGGGGGUCUGCACCUCGCCGACGACUCUUAUCUGGCUGCAGACAUUGUGGUGCUGGCGACGGGGUACGCCAACAUGCGCGACUCGGUGCGCCACACGCUAGGGCCGAAGGUGGCCGACCAAUGCAAGGACGUGUGGGAUCUGGACGAGGAGGGUGAGAUACAGACGAUCUGGAGACCGAGCGGGCAUCCCCAUUUGUGGCUCAUGGGUGGAAGCCUAUCACUGUGUCGCAUUUACUCCCGUUUCGUUGCACUGCAGAUCGCCGCCACGGAGCUGGGGUUGAUAGUGUAG